AUGUGCGACACAACGACUUUUUUAUCCGACAUUGACUCUCUGAUACAUGUGGACAGUGAUGUCAUAUUUAUGUCACCAGUGGAACAAUUGUGGAAACACUUUGAGUAUAUGAGUGGAGAACAGAUGAUUGGAAUGUCAGUCAAUAAUAUGAAUCCAAACACAUCGUGGUAUCGGAUGAUUGAACGCAACGAUAAUCUACGGUUACCUAAAGCUACCAUUGAUUCACACAAUACGGGAAUCAUUUUAAUGAAUUUGACUCGAAUGAGAACCACUAACUUCUUUAGCGAAAUGGAUCCCAUUUUCAAACAAUACAAGAAACGAAUUCAUUGGAUUGUCAACGACUUUAUGACUAUAUAUUUGGCAAAAUACCCGAACCGUUAUAUGAAUAUAAGCUGUAUAUGGAACUACUUGACCGAUCACUGCAAUGCCGGCCAGUUGUGCACCGAUGCCGACCGAUAUGGUGUGGCUCUAUUGCAUGGAAGCCGCCAUACAUUUGUAAAGACCAAUACAGAGGCACCAAAUGCGGCGGCAUUUCGGGCAAUAUAUCAGACAUUUUUGGAAUAUAAGUUAAAUACUAAUAUAUUACAGAAUUUAAUAAAACCAAUGGAAAAUUAG